UUUAACGGACGGAACAGUAAACACAGGCCGAGGCCUAGUUCUGUGUUUGGUUAGAGUCUCCCUGAACGUAGGAAUACAAAAAUAGAUAUAGGUAAUUCUAGGUGUUUGUUGGCAGAAUGGUGUCCCACCGACAGGCCCGAGUGUGGAGGUAUGUGGAGGAGGGCAAUCUACUGAAGUUGAAGUCGUACCUCCGAAAGCACCCGGACCUUGAUGUGAACUUCUCCCAGGGAAAGAUGCGGAGGAGCCCGCUGCAGCUAGCCUGCUCCCUGGAAGACGACGCUGUGCUGCGGCUCCUGCUCAAACGCGGAGCCGAUGUUCUCCACAGGGACCGACGGGGAAACACGGCGCUGCACAUCGCCGCCAACAUGGCGUUCGCAAACGGGAAAACUGUUUAUGAGGACUUGUUCGUACCUCUCAAGAAAAAAUGCCCAGAAGCUUUGAAUGCCCCAAACAAAGCUGGACUUACACCGCAAGACGUGCUGAACUUGAUGAAUGAUUCACAGACUGCAGAAAGCAUGAGUCGUCCACCUGAGGCGAAUCCUGAGCAGGACUGGAUGGGGAAGCUGAUCGGUGCAUGCGAGGAUGAAUGUUUUGAAGCCUUUGGAGCAUAUGCUGAUGAUUACCUACCUGUCGAUGAAGAAGAUGAAGACUUUGGGGACUGGGCGGAUCGUAUCAGAAGAGAGUAUUUUAACAAGAAACACGCCGAAGCUCAAAGACUGGCAAGCUUGUCUUCCAAGUGGAAAAAAGAAAAGAGGAAACAAAAAGUGGAAAGCAAUAAGGAGCUGCAUGAAAGGUUGCAGAGAGAACACGAGGAGUAUCUGGCUCGAGCGGCACGCAAAGAGGAAGAGAUCCGGCGGGGAAAGAAACGGCAGUACGAUGAGAAAUGUGCCGCCACAUUCAGCACAGCCGCCUCAGCAUCAGCAGGCACCAAGCUGAGCUACAGCGACAUCCCCUGGCCAGCUCCCAGGGGCACCGUCCGGGAGAUGCUGGACGUGAUGCUGCACGGCGUGGACCGAAAGGACGAGGCGGCGUUUCGCAAGGCGCUCCGGAAGCAGCAGACGCUGUGGCAUCCUGAUAAGUUUGCUCAGCGGUGUGAAGCUCGACUGGAGGAGAAGGACAAGCAGCGGAUUCUGGACACGGUGACGGCUCUGUCGCAGGAACUCAACAGCCUGGCUCAGAGACUGAAAGCUUAGAAAUCAUAAAACUCAUCACAUGCACCCUAUUUACUGACAACAUAAUCUUUAGCGUCAGUUCAAAUUCACAGAGAAAUAUGGUGUAAAAUGAAAAAGUUCUUGAAAGAAAAAAACACUCAUAGAUUACAGGCAGAUUAAAAAGAUGGGACACUUCAGGCUUUAAAUAUUUAUCUUUUUAGGAUGCAAUGAUGAUGCAGCAUAAAUGUGAGUGAACAGGUUGAAAUCAUACUUACAGGAUCAGACAUUUACAGAGACUCCCACCAAAUAAGGCAAAUGUGGCUGCAGAGAAGCCAGACACUGACUUGAACAAUUUCCUGACAAUUUCCUCAUACUAUUAAAAAUUGUAUUUAAAUAUAUUAGUUUCUAUUAGUUAGAUAUGAUUCUAACUUGUAAACGUUCAUUUUCAACCCAGUUUAAGUUAGGACUGGAGGAAUGUUCUUCAAGUUCUACAAAAUUAGUUUUUUAGUGAUUUUGGACAAGCAAAGUGGUGGUAGCAUUGUGCUGAGUAUCUGUUUUGCUGUCAAUGGUGUAUUGCACAAAGUGACGGGAAUAUUGAAGGAUGACCUCCAAAAUAUCUUUUAGUGCAGAGCUCUGUUUCUCUAAAUAAAAAUGUGUUGUGUUUUUGAUUAAACAUGUUUUAUUUCCUGACUGCAAUAUAAAAAAUA